AUGACGAUCACAAACGGGCGUGCAAACGGCAUCAAUGGGCAUGGCGCUUCCCCGGGCCUCGACUUGACGGUCCUCGGGCUCAACAGCGGUACAAGCAUGGAUGGUAUCGACUGUGCUCUCUGCCGCUUUCGUCAGCAAAGUCCAGAAGCGCCCAUGCACUUUGAGCUGCUCAAGUACGCCGAGAUCCCACUCGAGCCAAAGAUCAAGAAGCGUGUGAUGGACAUGAUCUACCACAACCGCACCACCCCCGAAGAGCUCUCCGAGGUGAAUGUGCUGCUCGGAGAGACAUUUGCCUCGGCGGUGCAACAGUUCUGCAACGAGACCAGCGUGGCGAUGGAGAGCAUCGAUGUGAUUGGCUCGCAUGGACAGACCAUCUGGCUGCUCAGCAUGCCCAAGCCAGGUCAGACCAAGUCGGCGCUCACCAUGGCAGAGGGCACUUUCAUCGCCUCUCGCACUGGCAUCACCACCGUGACCGACUUCCGUGUCUCGGAUCAAGCUGCAGGUCGGCAGGGCGCCCCACUGAUUGCGUUUUUUGACGCCCUGCUGCUCCAUCACCCGACCAAGCUUCGCGCGUGCCAAAACAUUGGUGGCAUUGCCAACGUAUGCUUCAUUCCGCCUGACAAUGAGGGUGGCAUCGACAAGUGCUUCGACUUUGACACAGGACCGGGCAACGUGUUUAUCGAUGCAGUCGUGCGUCAUUUUACCAACGGCAGCCAGGAAUACGACAAGGACGGCGCCAUGGGCAGCCGCGGAACCGUCCACCAGCCUCUCGUCGACGAGUUCUUGGAGUUCGAAUACUUUAAGCUCGAACCGCCCAAGACGACCGGCAGGGAAGUGUUCCGCGAUACGAUGGCGCACGAGCUUAUCCAAAAAGCCGAGAAGCUCGGACUGUCGCAGGAUGACAUCGUUGCAACCGUGACCAGGAUCACGGCGCAAGCAAUCGUGGAUCAUUACCGCCGGUACGCGCCUCGGCAAGAGAUUGAUGAAAUCUUCAUGUGCGGUGGUGGCGCGUACAACCCCAACAUCACCGCCUACAUCCAGCAGCACUAUCCCAACACCAAGAUCUACAUGCUCGACACCGCCGGCGUCCCUGCAAGUGCGAAGGAAGCCAUCACAUUUGCGUGGCAAGCCAUGGAAGCUGUGGUUGGAAGGUCCAUCCCUGUCCCCGACCGCGUCGAGACCAGGCAGGAGUACGUGCUCGGCAAGGUCAACCCAGGCAAGAACUAUCGUAAUGUGAUGAAGAAGGGCAUCAUGUUCGGAUACGGCGAUAGGCUGCCUCCGGUCACCGAGAUGGUCAACUACGUUGAUGGCGAGGUGUUCAACAACAAGUGGGACUAG